AGGACGCGCUGACCAUGUUGACCACAUUGGCGUGGACCACCGUGAAGUGGGUGAGGCGCCGCGGGGCGAUGCGCAGCGUGCUCAGGGUCGCAGGGGGUGCUGGAGCCUAUCUCAGCUGCAUUCAGGCGGAAGGCGGGGUACACUCUGGACAAGUCGCCACCUCCAGUUUUUCAAUAAUCCAAUGACCAAAACAUACACUGACCAAUUACCCACAAUGUGGAUGGUUAUUUAGAUAACAAAUCUAGUAUCAUGUUUAAAAGUAAAACAGACAAUGCAGCGUUCUCAACCAAUUAACACUUGAAUUUACAAUAAAUACAAUAACACGUGACGUACAAAUUACAUCACACACAUGAAAGAGUUAUUUUCAAAUGAACCACAGCCAGCAUGCUGUUGCACUGCUUACUGCAGGUAUAACAUUCACCAAUAGAGUGUGCUAAUGUGUUUUUUUUUAAAUAUUUUCAGACAGGAUUCACACGUUUCCAAAAUAAUAGGUACAGUAAUAAUCAUAUUUUAACUGACACAAUCUGAGAAAUGUGUGUUUGAUACUGUAUUGUAGUUUGCAGUAGCAAAUGACUGCACUGCUUGAUUUUGAGAAGUGUUACUAAUAUUGUUACUUUGUUACUAUUGUUACUUUCUAUUCUAUUCUAUAUGUUACCCCUUUUUUUGAAGCUAAACUAGGAUAACCAAAAACCCGCGAGGAUGUCCCGCUCUGCAGCCAAAGCGCAAGCUGACAAAAGUAAGGCCCCUGCCCGGGUGAGCCCACCUCAGCCCAAUGAGCCGGAGGAGGAAGACAUUAUUCCUGGUUGUCUAACUCGGAGCCAAUGGAUGGAUAUGUUGAGCCGUGAGGAAGCAGAAGAUUUAGUUGGCGAGAUAAUGGCUGAAUUGAUGACCCGGGUCAUGGAAGGCUGUUACAAUGUGCACAUUAAAAGACAGGUAGCAUCCUUCACUGCAUUCUGGGCCAAAGUUUACUUCAUACAAACUUUGGAGCAUCACCUCAUGUGCCGAGAUAAAUGGGAAGAUGCGAUGGAAUUAACCAGAACAGAGGACUCUGAACCAAGGCCAAUCACUCCAGAUGUCUGGUCUGAAGGAUGCUUCCCAGUAAUACAUGGAAUGCCUCAAGCUGAGCCUAUACCACCCAAGAUUAUUAAGAAAUCUGAUAUCUGCAAAUCCCUUGGACCACCUGAACCUAGAACAAGCCAGCAAAAUAAUCCUGUGCCGCAAAAAAGCGUCUCUCCAAAGCCAUCUGUUGCCAAAAUAAGUCCUGGCAGGUCUGUCGGUGGUGAGAAGAUAAGUAACGAACCAAGUCCUCGCCCCAAACAAGACACUCAUCCUAAGAAAAAGCAAAAAGCUUGUUUGCCCCCAAAACUUGCCCCUGAGACUGUUCUGCCACCCGUGUCUUGUUUGGCAGGAAAACUGGAAAACAAGGGUGACAAUAAAGUCUCUUCUGUUUCUAAACAUACAGCCGGGUCAUCACAACAACAACACAAAAGUCGAUCCGUACGGAAGCCUGAGCAUAAUUCAAUGGCCAAUUACUGGAUCACUCCUCAGUAUGAGAUUGUGAACAAAAGGAGAAAAUCUGUCAAAAAAAGUGAACUUCCCGAACCACAGCAGUCUGACAUCAUGGAAACUUCAUGGAAUUCUGCUAGCAGUGCUGAACCAGCAAAACCUGCAAGUAAGACAGGUGUUCAGCGGGGGAAGUUGUCUCCCAUAAAGGACGAGAUUGUCACGAGAGCUCUGAGGUUGGACACCAUGCAUUUAGCAAAAGGUGUUUCUCUCAUUGAUCGUCAGAGAACAACAGCGGGCCCGGUGGCGUUCACGUCCCAAGCUCAGUCUGCCAAGCUGCGGCCGAUACAAACUGAUGCCGUAAAAUCACAAUUUUCCGUGGAUCAGUUGACCGCCGGUCCUCCACCUCAGGUUAUACCAUGUUUGAAGCGGCCCGAGAAAUUUGACUUUUGAUAAAAAUAAUAUGGAGAAUUGAAGAUACACAAAUAGAUGUGCAUACAUUUUGGCUGUAAAGAGCAAAAUCAAGACAGUAUAUAUACUCAGUGUCAGCGCUAGGAAUUUAAAAAAAUGGGGGUCCUGGGACCCCAUCAAGUCAUAGAAAUGGGGGUCCCACUUUUUUGUAACCGUUUUGAAAACAAAUGAUAAAUGUAUGCAUUAUCCUGUUUUAUCUCACAUUCUAUAUUGUGUUUCGGAAAAAGGUUGUCAUAAACGUUACUUAAUUCCUUAAAAAAAUAAUACAAAAGAAAACCACAUUUUUAUGCAUAUGCACAUUUAUUCAGUUAUAAACAUUCAUUCACUUUCUUCUUUCCUUCAUGGAUCUAAACUUUACCGCUGUCGCCCCAAAAUCAAAGUUCUCUGGCUGACGAGGACCACUGACACAUCUCAUCUCUGCAUAUUUUACUAGAAUACACUUAUG